GCGGGGAGACACCGGCUUGAAGGGAGGAGAAACCGGAGGAGGGAGGAAGCAGGAGGACCGGGCAGGUUUUUUUUUUUUGACAAGUGGGAUCCGGGAAGUAAACCGGGCAGUGACCUCAUGAAUGGAAAUCGGAACUACAGGAGCCGUUGGGGCCCAGUCCCUGUUCGCCAUGCCUCGGCGGCCCGGCUACGGCACCAUGGGCAAGCCCAUCAAGCUGCUGGCCAACUGCUUCCAGGUGGAGAUCCCCAAGAUGGACGUCUACCUUUACGAGGUGGACAUCAAGCCUGACAAGUGCCCGCGGCGAGUCAACCGGGAGGUGGUUGACUCCAUGGUGCAGCACUUCAAGGUGACCAUCUUUGGGGAUCGCAGGCCAGUCUACGAUGGCAAGAGGAGUCUGUACACGGCCAACCCGCUGCCUGUGGCGCCCACCGGGGUGGACCUGGAUGUCACUCUGCCGGGCGAGGGGGGCAAAGAUCGUCCCUUCAAGGUGUCCAUCAAGUUUGUGUCUCUGGUGAGCUGGCACAUGCUGCACGAAGUGUUGACGGGUCACAGCAUGCCUGAGCCGCUGGAGCUGGACAAGCCCAUCAGCACCAAUCCCGUGCACGCCGUGGACGUGGUGCUGAGACACCUGCCGUCCAUGAAAUACACGCCGGUGGGCCGCUCUUUCUUCUCUGCUCCGGUGGGCUAUGAUCACCCCUUGGGCGGAGGCAGGGAGGUGUGGUUCGGCUUCCACCAGUCGGUGCGCCCUGCCAUGUGGAAGAUGAUGCUGAACAUUGACGUGUCCGCCACCGCCUUUUACAAGGCCCAGCCGGUCAUCCAGUUCAUGUGCGAAGUGCUGGACAUCCACAAUAUAGACGAGCAGCCGCGCCCUCUCACCGACUCGCACCGGGUCAAGUUCACCAAAGAAAUCAAAGGUUUGAAGGUUGAAGUGACGCACUGCGGAACCAUGCGGAGGAAGUACCGCGUUUGCAACGUGACCCGCCGGCCGGCCAGCCAUCAAACGUUCCCCCUCCAGCUGGAGAAUGGCCAGACUGUGGAGCGCACCGUAGCCCAGUAUUUCAGGGAGAAGUACAGCCUGCAGCUCAAGUACCCCCACCUGCCCUGUCUGCAGGUGGGCCAAGAGCAGAAGCACACCUACCUGCCCCUGGAGGUGUGCAACAUUGUAGCCGGUCAGCGAUGUAUCAAGAAGCUGACAGAUAAUCAAACAUCCACCAUGAUCAAGGCCACGGCUCGCUCCGCGCCUGACAGACAGGAAGAGAUCAGCAGGCUGGUACGCAGCGCCAACUACGACGCCGACCCCUUCGUGCAGGAGUUCCAGUUCAAAGUGCGCGACGAGAUGGCUCACGUGACGGGGCGAGUGCUACCCGCCCCCAUGCUGCAGUACGGCGGCAGGAACCGCACAGUGGCCACGCCCAGUCACGGGGUGUGGGAUAUGAGGGGCAAGCAGUUCCACACCGGUGUCGAAAUCAAGAUGUGGGCCAUCGCCUGCUUCGCAACGCAGCGGCAGUGUCGGGAAGACAUUCUCAAGUCAGAAGAGAUUAAAGCGUUUUUUGUUUUAAACCGACGCUGUCAGAUAGGUCGUAACGUAACAAAAUGUCUGUUUAGGGCGUUCACGGACCAACUACGCAAGAUCUCCAAGGACGCCGGCAUGCCCAUUCAGGGACAGCCGUGCUUCUGCAAGUACGCGCAGGGAGCGGAUAGCGUGGAGCCCAUGUUCAGACACCUGAAGAACACCUACGCCGGAUUACAGCUCAUCAUCGUCAUUCUGCCUGGCAAAACUCCCGUCUACGCGGAGGUGAAGCGCGUGGGAGACACGCUGCUGGGCAUGGCCACGCAGUGCGUCCAGGUGAAGAACGUGGUCAAGACGUCCCCUCAGACCCUCUCCAACCUCUGCCUCAAGAUCAACGUCAAGCUGGGGGGCAUCAACAACAUCCUGGUGCCACACCAAAGGCCGUCAGUGUUUCAGCAGCCAGUCAUCUUUCUGGGAGCCGAUGUGACACAUCCGCCUGCCGGGGAUGGCAAGAAGCCCUCCAUUGCUGCAGUGGUGGGCAGCAUGGACGCCCACCCCAGCCGCUACUGCGCCACCGUGCGGGUGCAGAGGCCCAGGCAGGAGGUGAUCCAGGAUCUGGCUUCGAUGGUGCGCGAGCUGCUCAUCCAGUUCUACAAGUCCACGCGUUACAAGCCCACCCGCAUCAUUUUCUACAGGGACGGAGUUUCUGAAGGCCAGUUCAGACAGGUUCUGUAUUACGAGCUGCUGGCCAUCCGUGAGGCCUGUAUCAGCUUGGAGAAGGAGUACCAGCCGGGUAUCACCUACAUCGUGGUGCAGAAACGCCACCACACGCGCCUCUUCUGCGCCGACCGCAACGAGCGAGUCGGACGCAGCGGAAACAUUCCCGCUGGUACGACGGUGGAUACGGACAUCACGCAUCCUUACGAGUUUGACUUUUACCUCUGCAGUCACGCUGGAAUACAGGGCACCAGCCGGCCCUCGCACUACCACGUGCUGUGGGACGACAACUGUUUCACGGCUGACGAGUUCCAGCUGCUCACCUACCAGUUGUGCCACACCUAUGUGCGCUGCACCCGCUCGGUGUCCAUCCCCGCGCCCGCAUACUACGCCCACCUGGUGGCCUUCCGCGCCCGCUACCAUCUGGUGGACAAAGAACACGACAGCGCCGAGGGCAGCCACGUGUCAGGUCAGAGUAAUGGUCGAGACCCGCAGGCACUGGCCAAAGCUGUCCAAAUCCACCAUGACACCCUGAGGACCAUGUACUUCGCUUGAGCUGCAACCCACCCACAACCACCAUCCUCCACACACUCAACACACACACACAUGCACACACACGCGCGGUUGGCUUGGCAGGCAGAAAGUCCUCACACGCGUACACACACACACACACACACGCCUAGUCAAUCCGGAUCCGACACUGUGCAGAGGGAAGCAGGGAGAAGGAGGAGGCGGAACCCCACACUGGAUUGAGGAUGCAAAAACGCUGCUUCUGACCAGGAAAAAAACCAAAACAAAACUCAGCACUAAUAUGCAAUAGAAACCAGCCAACUCCUUUUAUUACCAUCCUUUUUUUUUUUCCCCUCUCUUUCUUUGUUUCCCCUUCUUUUAUGCUGUGCUCCCCUGUUUACAUUCAGGGCACCGCUCCUCAAAUCAGUUCACAAGCAGCAGCACUUUUAUAUUCUUUUUUUUGUGUGUGUUUUUAAGCAAACGGGGGAGCGGUGGGAAGGCGCUCAGAUUAUGAAUUUAUUUUUCUCCUUUGCUCCCUCCCGCUUGUGAUAUAACCAGUUCUUUGAGCACACUGCCAUCAGUUGUCUACAAGGUGGAACUUCAUCCUCGAAAUGCCUCAUGGCGUUCUGUUCUGCUGUGGGUGAGAUCAGAAUUUUUUUGUUCAAACUAAAUCAAAUUAACCAGUAAAAAUCAAGAUUUUUUUUUUUAAAGUGUACCAAGUAGAAAAGAUUUGCCUAAAACUUAUUGCGGGCCUCAUAGUGUGUCGUAAUUUUGUUUUUAAUGAGCAAUUAUUAUUAUUUUUUUUAUAUUUCCCUCAUAAAAUUGACCAGUAAAAAUUCUAGAUUUUCUUUGGUGGGAGUAUUUUAGGGUAACUUCUCCCAAAUCUUUCUUUUUUCCUUCUUUAAUUUUAAUACAUAUAUAAUUUAAAGAUGUUUACAAAUUUCAAUCUGACCAUCAACAUAAUUUGGGAUGAAUUUUGACAAUGGAUCAAUUUGACCCACAGUAUAACAGAAAGGUUAAACUUGACAACGGGUCAAUUUGACCCAAAGCAAAACAGGAGGGUUAAAGACGCUGUCACUAGUUUCUCUUGUCUCAAUACAUCAUCACAGCCAUCGCUCGAUUUUUAAAUCGUCUUUAAGUAUAACACUGUUGUCUUUUUAUAUCCUGAUGUCAUUUUUGUAAUCGAUUUUUGUUUUGCGUCAUGUGAAGCUUUGACAUGUCCCUUACCUUGUCGUAACCAUUUUAUUUCCCGGGCAACACUUUUUUUUUUUUUUGCUUUUGAGUGGAGACAAUGUUGGCGGGUCUUCCCUUGUGCAAUAAUGUGCAGAAGGAGAGUUAAUUGAUCCACACGUUUGGCAAGAGGUUUGCAUUAGGCACUUUUGAAAUGACUUUUUUGUUAUCUGUGCGCAAAGUGCGGUUUCGACGACAUUACACAUUCUUGAAGGAUUCACAUGUUUUGGAAUUCCCGAUAAAUUAUAUUUCCGGCCUGAUUGCAGCAACGUGGAGUACAAAUGCCAUAAGAGAGAGAGCGGGAGUAUUUUAAGUGCCUGGCGAAAGGUGAAGCGCGCCAUGCCAAACGGGCAAAGUAACUCAACCGACAAAAUGUUUCACCCGAUGCCUCGUGUUCUUCUCAACAAAGCGACUUUUCUACACGAUUGUAUCGGAAAACCAUCCUGACAUUGAUGUGUGCUUUAUCAUGUUUGCGCCUGUACCGCAGUGUUAGCUGGUAGCUUUGCUUGGAGACAGCAGUCUGGAUGUUUUGAGUUGAUCCACGAGCUAAAACUGGCUUCGGAACAAAACAAAAAAAAAUAGCGGAAGAGUAAAAUGGAGACUACGUUUUUUCGGUUUAUUCUGUCAAAUCUAGUCUGGAGAGCGGUCGCUGUUUGACUCCUUUGCGCUGCUGAUCGUCUGAAACUUUUUUUUUUUGUAGGGUCAGGUGGAUGUUUUUUUUUUUCCUUUACAAAGUUAACUGCACUAAAAGAAGCAUGUGUUCUGCUUGCGGACACAGGCGUGGUGCUACUCGGACGCAUAGCAAAUCCGAAGCUGAACUGAACUUGAGACAAGUUGACCAGGUUAGGAGAAAUCAGAAACCAUUAGGGUGACACCCCCCCAGUAGCCCAGUGCUGGUUUUGGUUAUCUGAUGGGUUCUCAAUUCCCCUGAUUUAGUUGGUGUGGAACAGCCAUCACUGCUGGGGUGAAUAUGGGAUGGCCCCAUUACCCCAUUUUUUUGUGUUGGCAUGACUCCCACUUCCCUAGUGAAUGUGGGAUAGUCGCACUACCCUGCUGGGAAUUGGAUGCCUGGAUAUCUCCCACUUGCCUGGUGAUUAGGGAUUAGCCCCACUACUCCGCAUGUCCCUUGGGAUAUUUGGGUUUUGGAUGGUUCCCUAAUCUCUCCGUGGAGGUAGCCCUGAAAACGGUAUAGUCUGGAAAAGAUGUGUUGAAAAGUCUUUUAUCCACUGUUGCAUCGUUUCCCUCCGGCGUGGAAGCUUCCGGAGGUCUAAGGCGGUGUAAUGAAAUGCCUUUAAAAAAAAAGAAAAGCCAGAUCAAAAGUAUAUUUGUAAAUUUGAAAUGAUGUACUACACACCAAUUAUUUUUGCUAACAGAUUAAAAAAAAAUAUGUAGUUGAAUUAUUCUUAGUAAUAAAUGUAACACAGUAUGUUAUGGUUCGAAAAAGUGAAAUAGAAAGUUUUUAUUCAAAUUAUUGCAAUAGACUGUGUCGCUGUAAAUCGUAUCGUGUGUAUGUGCCGAACGGUGGCGGGUGGUCCAAAGUAGCGAUCUGUCUUGACCGCGACUGUCAUAAGGUUUGGGCAGCAGACUCGGAACCACCGACCGGACCUCGAAUGAUCAUUUUGUAGACGUGUAUUCAAAGAGUGAGAAAACGUAUUAGCUCUUGAAUGUUCUUUAGCGUUUUUCUUUUUUGUUUUUUAGUACACCCUGGUGCUGACACCUGCCCCUAAACAGGCAAGUGAUCCAUUUGUAAAGAGUGUCAGAAUAUUAAUGAAGUGGGUAUUUUUUUUUACAACUUCACAAUCUGACAGAAGCAGUUGCUGGUGCUUGUCCAAGGAAAAUCUAAGGCUGAACUUCCUUCCAGACUUUUAGGCAGAUUAGCAAAGUAGGAAAGUUUGGAGGUGGCCCUUGGUGACCCCCCCCAAUGUCUGAGGAUACUAUAGUGGGAUGGCUCCCGCCAGCCCCACUGUUGUUUUCUUUUGUCCACCUCCUGCUCCAGAACUGGCAAGUGUUAUUUUUUUCAAGGACAGUUGGAACAUGUUUUUUUUUUUUUUCCUCACAGUUCAAUCCCCACCCUAACCCCGAGAACCUGUUUCUUUGCCCUACAGAAAACCCCUUUAAAAACGAGGUGAGGGGAUGAUUUUUUGCGAUUUGGAUUCAAGGAUGUCUUAUUGUGCCUAAUUCAUGGCUUUUGUGAGGACACGAAAGGUUAAGUGAUGCCGCAGUGGUGGUACGACAGGUGUUUACAAGACCUCGCAUUCAGCUGGAAUGAAAAUGGAGAUACCGUGAAAGGAAGUGACACAAGUUCAAGGAAUGUUUUGCUCGAUAUUUGUCGAAAAGCUUCGUUUCCCUUUAAAGUGGAAAGUGUAAUUCCACAGAAAGUAACGGUCCACACAGGAAGUGCCUUUCCUCUUGACUCUCCUUUCACCCCCCCCCCCCCAAUUUUCUCUCUAUAGACUGACAAACAUUGGCAGUGUCUUGGAUUUUGUUGUGGUACAACCCGAUGUGGAGAAACCAUGAAUGUCAACCACAGCACUUUAGAGACCAACAUUUAAAUGAGGUUCAGUACCUUAUGUCUCAACCUGGAGUUUUUAAAUCCACUACUUGGACCUUUCAAAUGCGUGUGUGGGGGGAGGGGGUGGGUGUCAACAAAACGUUUGACGGAGUGGGAGAACUGAAGCUUUCAUUUGUCUUGAAGGGCAUUAAAUAAAAAAGAUAGACCAGCAUCAGUAUUGAACGGUUCACAAAGACCUGGCACUCCCUCAUGCUAGUGCAAUGUCGGGGGAUGGCAAAAUGAGCCAGUAGGGUGUCGACUGUAAGGGUCUAAAUCCAGUUGGAAUUGGGGGUUAACUUUUUUUUUUUUACUUUUUUAGGGAGUUCUCUGAAACACUGCACCUCACUUACCUUGGUAUGCUGCAUAAUGUUCUACGACAUAAAAGACAAAAACUGCGAAUUGCUUAUGACAUACAGUAAAUGCUCAAAUAAUGCCUGACAUUCGUAACUAUUUUAGAGUUUAAAAGCAUAACUAUAAAACAUUUUUUGUCUUAACAAUUCUUUUUUUUUUUAUUUGUUCUUGAGCCGACUUUCCUUUUUGUUGUCCUAUUUAAAUGUGUUAAUGGAAUAUAUAUAUUAAGCCUUUAUAUGCGGAGUAUUUUAUGGCGUAUUUAUUGAGUGUUUUUUCUGUUGUUUUUGUGGAAGGUUUUGGAGCCUCAUUCUCGUACGCGCAAGCACAACAAUACAUGCGAACGGGCAGAUUUCUUUCUUUUUUUUUUUUUUUAAACGGAACUCAUAAUAUAACUUCCAAACGCCAAUCCCGACGUCAUAAGCAGUUUGAGACCUCAGACUUUGGGCUACCUUUGCCAUAUCAAUUCCAUUGGAUGGAUUACACUAUGUAAGGGGCAUUGGGUUUUCGGCGGAAAUCUCAAGAUGAACCAAAAUUACACUAGUAAAGUAGCUGGCUAGAUAAUUAUCUUAUCCAAAAGAGUAGAAGUUGUAAAACUAGCCAGUACAUAGAACUGAAAUAACGAACAGUGUGAUCAAAAAUGGAGACAUGGUCAAAUUGGGUGAUUCUAUGAAGCUGACGAGACAUUUUUGGUUCAUCCUGAAAUUUCAUUCAAAAGCCAGAUGAUCAUGCCUUUUUGUGAGAAAUAUCUACAAAAGGUCUGGUGUUCCUGUGCCACAUGAGGACGGGUGUCAAUUAAAAAAAAAAAACUUGUGUCCUACGCCUGCGUACUUGAAACCAAUCGUACGUUUCGUCUCUUCUCGUUUCAAAACCACUAAAAUCGCUACGCUAAAGUCUCUGUGUUCGGGAUUGUCCGAGUUUUUCUCAGCAUGUUUUCUGUCAUGUCCGGCUACCCGCCGACGACAAAAUCCGAUCCGAUCCCAAUCAGAAGGCUAGCUAUAGCGAGACCUGUGCCUGUCUUGUCUUCUUUGGGCAAACGAGAUUGUACUUUUUUUUUUUUUUUCCAAAAGCGGAAUAAUGUAACCUCCAUUUGUUACUUAAUCCGGUUUGUUUUGUUUUUUUUUCACACCCCAACGGCAUUCCAGUACUGAAAGUUGAACCAAAUAUUGCGAAAGAGAUUAAACGUCCUGAUUGCUUGUCCGUGGCCAAGGAAACAUUUUAUUUGAGUUUUUUUUUUUUUUUUUACGUAGCAUCUCUUUGCGUCAGUCACAUGUAUAAAGAUCUGUACAACGACGCCAACGUGAUUCGCAUUUGUCGCAACUGUACCGACUGCUCGACUCUUUGCUUUUUGUAACUUGUUCCCUUAGGUUGUUGGCCUUUUUUUUUAGUAUUGCUUUGCUUCUGUUUGAAGUGUAUGUUUGACUAAUACUUGCAAUAAAAUGCUUCGCUUUUUCCUUACCAUUACCUCACAAA